CAUAGGCCUCACACCACUUCUGGUAUCUGUGAUCUGUUACAUCCCAAACUGAUAACAAUGGAGUCUGGAGGAGUGGUUGCAGAGGCGGCCUGGAGCUCGCUCGACCUGCCAUGGCAAGCCGAGGAGUCGGAGAUAAUGCAGCAGCUGCUUGGUACCUUCCCCUCCAAUGGUGAGGAAGAUCACCAAGAGAUGCCUUGGUCUUUUCAGGCUUCCAAUGCGAGCUAUUUCCAUUGCAAUGCUAGUUCUAGUACAUAUAGCUCCACUAGUAGCAAUAGUUCUGGCACUCUCCUUGUACCAUCUGAGUAUGGGGGUUACUAUUUGAGUGAUUUGAAUGAGGCCCUGGGUAUGAACUCCUGCACGGCACCACUGCACCUGAACAUGGUCCUGGAGCAAGGUGCAACUCAGUUUAUGAAUACCAUUCUUAACCCUCCUUAUGGGAGUGGCGAUUCGAGCUGUGAGGAUAUUGGGAAUUCUAGCGUGAAUCUCCUCGAUUCCAUUGGUACUCCUGGCAAGAGGAAACACCUGGAACAAGGCCAACUAGAUGGCCAAGCAAGGAGUCGGAAAUGCGCAAGGAAGUGUGAUCCGAAGCGGGCGAAGAAGACCAUGAAACGGGAAGGCGAGGAUGGCAGCGCUGCUGUCACGAAUGGGCAAAGCUUGAGUUGCUGCACAUUUGAAAAUGACUCAAAUUCUUCUCAGGGACCUCCUGUUGCCUCUAACCCAAAUGGCAAGGCACAAGCUGACCUCCGGUCAGCAAUUGAGUCCCAAAGCCUCUAUGCAAGGAAAAGAAGAGAAAAGAUCAAUGAGAGGCUGAGGAUAUUGCAGAACCUUGUACCAAAUGGAACCAAAGUAGAUAUCAGCACUAUGCUUGAAGAGGCAGUGCAGUAUGUGAAGUUCUUGCAGCUUCAAAUCAAGCUCCUCAGCUCUGAUGAAAUGUGGAUGUAUGCUCCAAUUGCAUACAACGGGAUGAACAUCGGAAUAGAUCUGAACCUGUCUCAGCAUUGAUAAACCCCCGCUUCUAACAAUAUGAAGUUGCAGAAAAUUCUACAAAUUCUACUUUCGAUAUGGUUCGAGUUUAGACUUUAGACUUUAGACAAAGGUUUUAUUACUAACAUGUUACCACGUCUGAUCAAUAAGCCAUUCUGUGUAAUCCAACCAUUCGACAUAAAGGAAUGUGGAAAACAUGUUCUUCAGUUGUUUUCCGGUAACUAGCCCGCAGUUACCGAAGGAUUGGCUUGUAUGCACACAAGGAUAUGGCAAAAAAGAGUUACUAUGCACCGGGAGACGCUCUGAAACUUGUCAAAACAAGAAAGGGCAACGUCUUUGAUA